UCACACACACUCCCAUUCCUACACUUCUCUGAGUUUCUCUCUCAACGCUCUCUCUUCCCUCGCAAUCUCACAACUGCCACGUCACCCUCUCUCCGCCGCCAACCGCCUCCAUGAACGGCGGUGGAGGUGACCUGCCACUGCCGCCGACGCCCUCUAACGGCGGUGAGUUCCUCCUCUCACUCAUCCAACGUCCUCACCACCACCACCACCAACACCCGCGGCAACAGUCUCCGGCGAUAGAUCCCGCCGUCGCCGUCGUCGGUCCAACGAUCCCCGUUGGCUCGCCGCAGUGGCCAAUCGCCGGCGCCGAUCACCCGCACGCCCUCCCUCUCCCUCACCAUCUUCCUCCUUGGUCCCACACUCUCUCUUCUCCGCUUUACCCACCGAACUUUUUUGGGUUGCCCCAUAACCCUUUUCCCCCUCCUCGGAACCACUUCCCCGUCACCCCGAACUCCGUCACUAACGGCGUCAACGUUAACGCUGGCCUCACCCACGAUCUGCGAAAACUAGGGUUUCCCAUCGAAGAAAAGAACAGCAAGGUCGAUGGUUUCGUCCAGCAGCAAGAACUGAAGCUGCAGUUCGGGUCUUUGCCUACGGUUGCGUACUCUGCAUCUGAAGUUUCUCCCAAUGUGGACUCGUUGCUCAAUUUGAAGUUCAACAGAGGGUACAACGGGUUCGACAGGAACUUGCAUGUAGAUCAACCCAGUUCUAAUUCCAGUGGGAAUGUGGUUCUUCAGGGUAAUCAUGAUGUUGUGGACAGGGAAAGAAGAGGACUUGAGGGUUAUACGGCUAGUGGGUCGUUUUCUCAUGAGGCUAGUAGGGUUCCACCAGGGUUUGGGAACAGGAAUAGAGGGAAGGGUUUGGAGGGUAGGAAAGAUGGUAGGGUGGGGGGUGGUGAAAUGGGUGGGGGUGGAGGUAGAAUUGAGAAUUUGUAUGGUAAGAGGGAAGGUGUUAGAAUGGUUUCUGGUGAAAGAAGCAACGUUAGAGGCAAUGUAGUUCGUGAAAUGGGGCUUGCUGAUCAGCUUGAUCGCCCUGGGCCACCUGCUGGGAGUAACUUGCAUUCCAGUGGUGUGAAUGAGACCGGUGGAAGUGGAGCUAAUGUUGAUGUCCUCGGGGAGAAGUUGGCUGAUUCAUUGCUGAUAGAGGAUGACUCUGAUGACAGGACUAACUCAAGGCAACGCCGCGCCACACGAGAGAAGGAUGCCAGAUCAUCGGAUUCAAGAGGGCAGCAGAUCCUAAGCCAGCGGGCAAGAAUGUACAAAAGGCAGCUAGUUUGUCGAAGGGACAUUGAUGUUCUUAAUGUUCCUUUCCUUGCAAUAUACGAGUCUCUAAUACCUCCUGAAGAAGAAAAGCAGAAGCAAAAGCAAUUAAUGGCAUUGUUGGAGAGAUUAGUUAGCAAAGAAUGGCCAGCAGCUAAGCUUUAUCUCUAUGGAUCAUGUGCUAAUUCGUUUGGUGUUUCUAAAAGUGACAUUGAUGUUUGCCUUGCUAUUGAGGAAGCAGACAUGGACAAAGCUAAGAUUAUAAUGAAAUUGGCAGAUAUUUUGCAAUCAGAUAAUCUGCAGAAUGUGCAGGCAUUGACACGUGCACGGGUUCCCAUAGUAAAGCUCAUGGAUCCAGUGACAGGAAUCUCUUGUGACAUAUGCAUUAACAAUCUUCUAGCUGUUGUGAAUACAAAGCUUCUUCGGGAUUAUGCGCUCAUAGAUCCAAGGUUACGGCAGCUAGCCUUCAUUAUCAAACAUUGGGCUAAGUCAAGAAGAGUCAAUGAAACUUACCAUGGAACUCUGUCUAGCUAUGCGUAUGUUUUGAUGUGCAUUCAUUAUUUACAAAUGAGAAGGCCUGCAAUCCUUCCAUGCUUGCAGGAGAUGGAGACAACGUAUUCUGUGACUGUGGAUGAUAUUAAUUGUGCUUUCUUUGAUAAAGUUGAAAAACUUGGUGAUUUUGGUCGCCAGAACAAGGAAACAAUUGCUCAGCUUGUGAGGGGAUUUUUCCACUACUGGGCAUAUUGUCAUGAUUAUGCAAAUUCUGUUAUAUCUGUACGCACAGGAAGCAUAAUCAGCAAACGGGAGAAGGACUGGACUAGAAGGAUUGGCAAUGAUCGACAUUUGAUAUGUAUAGAGGAUCCUUUUGAAACAUCUCAUGAUCUUGGGCGAGUGGUAGAUAAAUAUAGCAUCAAAGUUCUGAGGGAAGAGUUUGAACGUGCUGCUGAAAUUAUGCAGAAUGAUCCAAAUCCGUGUAUUAAACUUUUUGAGCCAUAUGUUCCUAGUUGAUUUACUGUUUUUUUUGUUUUGUUUUUGGAUAUAGAUUUUAUAGGUGAGGUAAUAGAACUCAGCUUGUAAAGCUUCUUUUACCACAUCUCUCGUAUAUUAUUAACCUAGUCUCAUGUUUAUAACUGUAUUUAUUAGUUAGGGUUUUAAAUCCAUCCUCAAUGUAAAGAACUUUUUUGGCCAAAGGCAUGCAUAUUCGUUUAUUUUGU